UUAAAUGCAUAGUGUAUUUCAGUCCUAAAGAUCAACUUGCUUAAAUUUUUUUAUCAAACAUUUCGCGCCAGUUUUUGAAAAUGCCUCGUUUGCAUAUGUGGCCUAAUUCUCAAUCUUGAUGGUCUCAAAACAACAAUGGCAGCUUUGGACAUGCUUCUAAAGAUUCUCGACCAGGCUGUGUCACAAGACCCUCAAGUGGUCAAAUUUGCCGAAGGAAAGCUUAAAGAAUGGGAAGACAAGCCAGAAUUUUACAAGACUCUUUUGGAUAUAUGCUUCAAUCAAGCCCUACCCUCUCACAUCAGAUGGAUUGGGAUUCUUUCUUUUAAAAAUGGAAUAGAAAAAUAUUGGAGAAGGGCUAUCAAUAGGAUUUUUACUGAAGAAGACAAGAAUUAUUUAAAAUCUUUGCUAAUAAGUUCAUUCACAGAGCAAGUGAAUCAGAUAUCUCUCCAAAUAGCAGUUGUCAUUGGACGGAUAGCAAGAACAGAUUUGAAAACAUGGCCAGAUCUCGUCCCAAAAUUAUUACAAGAAGUAAGAAGUCAAGACAGUAUUGUUCAGUACAAUGCACUUUUAACUCUAAAUCACGUCAUCAAAGGCCUCGUUUCGAAACGUUUAGCAAGUGAUAGGAAAACAUUUAAAGAGGUCUGUUCUGGUUUAUUAGGAUUCGUGUUAGAGUUAUGGAUUCAUCAUUCGAACAACUUUAUAUCACAUUUAUCGUCAAAUCAGGUUCAGUCUGCAGAGCAAAGUUUAAAAAUGAGUGUUCUUACUCUUAAAGUUUUACGGAAACUAGUAGUUGAAGGAACCUGUGAUGACGUACUGGAUUCCUCAUUAAUGCUGCUUAAACUUUUGGUUGAAAGAAUUCCUGCUUUACUGACAUUGCGAUCGCAGUUUUUAUCUGUUAACAUUAUUGGCGAAAAAUUGGAGAAGCUAAUUUUGAUUGGCAUGAAAACACUUUUAGACACGUUAGACCGUCAACCUCUGCCAUUCGUCGAUGUGCUGGAAGGCUCUCUGAAUAUGGCCAUUAAAUUCUCAUUUGUCUGUACAGAAAAAGAUAUUCUUUUUGAAAUGUUCAUCGUACACUGUAUCAAUCUCAUCAGAAAAGCAAUCAAAUGCAAGGAUUACAAGCUUCAAAAGGAUUCGCAUUCAGCUGAAUGUACAAAUGUGAAGAUACAAAAAGCACAAGAGAUCAAGCAAAACAUUUUCACCAAAGAUCUUCUUGUGGAAUUAUGCCACCAACUUGUGUUUAAGUACUUCCCGCUAACUUCUCAGGAGGUAAAUGAAUGGCAAAACGACCCAGAAAGUUAUUUAACUGACGAGGCAGGAGAUUCAGCUGAGUAUUUGAUCAGGCCUUGUACCGAAAACCUGUUUCUAUGUCUUUACUACGAGCAUCGGCCAAUAUUUACUGAUGUUUUAGCAGACAUGGUAAAUCAGCUAAGUGCUUCUUACAAUAGAGAAGACCUUGAAAGUCUAAGGAUGAGGGAAGCAGUUUACUUUGCUCUUGGACUGGCAUCUUAUGAACUGUUCGGUGAUUUCAACUUUGACAAAUACUUUCAAGAAACCCUGAUAAUCGAGCUUGAGGAUUCUUCUGCGAGCAUGAAAAUAAUCCAUCGCAGAAUAUUGUGGCUUAUAGGAAGAUGGAUUGAUGUCUCAUUUAGCAAAGAGAGUAGAAUCAUUCUGUAUAGAGUUCUAGUAAAAAUGCUUGAUCGCAAAGAAGAUUUAGUGGUACGAGUCACGGCAUCCAAAACCUUGAAGGAUGCUAUCGAUGAUUACCAGUUUGAAAACAAAGACAUUUUACCGUAUUUGAAAGACCUUUGGGAAAGACUGUUUUGUCUGCUUAUCGAUGUCCAGGAAUGCGAUACAAAGAUGGGGGUACUGAAUGUGAUUUCCAUUCUAAUUGAACGUGCCGGUAGAGAGAUGAAGCCCUAUGCAACAGCUUUGUGUCAGUAUCUUCCUCAUUUAUGGGCAGACUCAGCAGAACAUAACAUGUUGCGAUGUGUCGUUGUAUCCACCCUAAGACAUAUAGUCGAAGCAUUGGGAAGCGAAUCGGUAGUAUUGCACCCGCUGCUGUUGUCAGUGAUUCAUCUCAGUACAGACCAUACUCAGCCUUCCCAUGUUUAUCUGAUUGACGAUGGCUUAGAGUUGUGGUUUGCUGUGAUGCAAAACUCCCCCGUGAUGACGGAAGAUUUUCUCGCAGCGUUCGCUGUUUUGCCAGCAAUUUUAGAGCAAACUUCCGAGAAUUUCAAGACUUGUGUUUCCAUCAUUGAAUCAUACAUACUGCUGGAUGCUCUCAACGUCUUGAAAAUCCAUUCCUCUUCGUUGGUUGGAAUAAUCGACACUCUUCUGGGACAGAUGAAAGAUGAGGGAAACAUCCUUCUAUCAGAGCUAAUACAAAAAUUGCUUAUAUUGCUGCCAAAUGAAACUUCAAUUCUGUUUGAAACUGUAUUGAGCAAAAUUCUGAAAAUUAUUCUAGAAGAUAAGGAGUACCCUCGAGUCAUGACAUCAUAUCUAACCAUUUUUGGAUAUGUUCUUCUUCACAACUCAACUAUUUUCUUCAAUAUGCUACAAAAGUAUUGUUUCGAUGUAAACGAAAAGCCAGAAAGGGCAGCUGCUCGGUUUAUUGAUGUAUGGUUAGAAAAGGUUGAUUUCAUGUCCAAUGACAAGUCAAGACAAAUUACUGCAAUGGCUUUGAUUUCGUUGCUGCCUCUUAAUGCAGAGUUUGUCAACGAGCGAUUUGCACUGAUUUUGGACGCGGUCGUAAAUGUUUUGCAUGGCGUCUCCGCUGAAAAUUCAGACGAACAAAGUUCAGCCUUAAUGAACCCUUCAGAUUCCUGUAAUGAUCAGAACUUUGAGAAGGAACAAAAUUGUGGCGAUCAAAGAAAGAAACAGAUGAUGGCUAAAGAUAUUAUAUCUUCCGUAUCACUAUUGGAUUUUGUUAAAUUGAAAAUCACGGAAACUAGAAAUACACUUGGCGACGAGCAAUUUCAAUUUCAUAUGGAUACUCUGGAUUCAAUGGUUUCAAAACAGCUUAUUUCGUUACUCGGAUAAUGGAACAAGACCUGGCCAAACACGAAGAGCUACAAAUUUAUUGCUACAGAAUGGAAGUCGAUGGACACCGAAAUGAUCAUGAAUCGCAGAACUUUGCUUAAAUGGACAAUAUCAGGAAAUGUUGACAAUUUUGCUGUCGAAAAAUUUCCCUAAUAGAGUCUAUUAUAUUAGGAUUAUUAGUAAAAUCAAUUUUCAUUCAACAUUGUUAUUGAUUUUUCUCGAACUUCUGGCAAGCCAGUACUUUUCUAGGGAGGCUGUUGAGUGGGGGGGGGGAUGUUUCUCUAGACCCAAAAACAAGCGUCCCUACAUUAUUUCUAUACAUUUCUAAGUUUUAACGCAAUUCUUUUUGCAAAAUGCUAUCAGAUCUUAUAAUGUGGUUGUUAAGACAUAAGAUUUAUCAAACUUGGAAUAUUGUCGUAGCUUGUAGGCCCAGUAGUUUCCCAAGAUAAACUCAUGUUGUUUAAUCCUUUGAGCUUAGAGAAAGACAAGUAAAUUUAGUUUACUUUACAAAGAGAAUUCCUCUACCCCCAAACAAUUCAGCCGUUGAGGGUACCCGGACCCGCUUUUUAAUUUCAGGCUUUUAAUUUUUAAAUGAAACAUUUGAUACUAUGGAUAUCACUCUUAGAUUCACAUUUCGUUUUUGCAUACUGAUCUGCUUAUCUGGUCACUCAGAUAAAAAUGGACGUAAUGUAAAGGAUUUUGACUGAGUUGUAUGCUUCACGUUGUCAAGUUUAACAGCAGAAGGGCAAAUACCGCUACUCUCUGUUUAAUACUGCAGGUAAUUUCCCCUAGUCCUUUUCUCACUCUUUGCUAUGAAACAGAGCUUUUGGAUAUCUCUAAUUUAUAAAUGCUAAUUUCGCCAAGUUUAUUACUCCCUAACUCAUUCUAUUGAUAACUAAAACCCCUGGCCGACCUCCCCUUUGCAAACCUUAGUAUAGAAACUACUUGCAGCCUUUCAAAUCAUCUAUUGAAUUUUGUUUUGUUCUAUGUGUGAAAUGGUGCCUUUUACAAAGAAGGCCUUUUCAUUCUAAUUGAAUGGCCAGUGUUUCAGCUAGAAGUUGCAUUAUUGGCGAAACCAUAUACAGUAUCAAAUUUUAGUUUCGACCAUUGGAUGCCGAAGAUUGCGCCCAUCCUUGUGGUAUUUCGUUUCCCGAAUAGGACCACUUUUUGCAAAGUUAUUCGACUUUUUCCUGGCUGAGAGCAAGGGGGAUUCAGGUUUACAUAAAGGCGUUCAGAAAAAACAAUAGGCUUGUGAUUCCCCGGGUUUCUAAAGACUUGGGUUUUUCACGAUUUACUCAAAAAGUAUCACAGUUACAAGUUUUUGAGUACAUUCAUGAGAUGGGCCGUUUGAUGCUCGAUUUUUUGAGCCGUUUCCCGUAUUUUUAGGACCUGUUUUUGCCGAGUUAUUGAGGAUUUAGUGAUUAAAACACGCAAAAAACGGUUUUUUCCAGUUUAAAAAUCGAAAACAGCCAAUAAAAAUUCUGCGACACUUUCAAAAAAUCGCUGAUUUUUCGCUCGAUUUUUUGAGCUAUUGCUUGUUUUGUUUGAAGCUCGCGUUACUGAAUAAACUCAAUUUUUCCGAAAAGUGCACUUUUCAAAUUUUCUCAAAUUUGCAUCGCAGCGACCGAUCAAGCUCAAACCGGUACUGCGGCGGCGGCCAAAACUUUUCCUUGAAAAACGGUGUUUAAUUGGUUUUUUAAAGGCAGGAAAAGUUUGUUAACGGGUAAAUAAGCGUCCUAGAUUCGAUUUAAAUGCAUUUAAGUGGAAAUUCAUUAAUUUUGAACAUUUCGACGGAAUUGCCCCCUUGCUGCUAGCCGCCCGUCGUCUAAUCGGCUUGUUCGGUGAAACAAGUAUGGAAAAAAUAGUUCCUUUCCACAAUUCCUCUAUAAGUAUCGCUAUAUCAUAUUUGCUCUUGCAAAUAAGAGAAGAAUAAAUUGUUUGCGAUAUUGAUAUCUUCGAUUGCUCAAUUUCAGUCUACGGGAAACGUCCUUCAAAUUUGGAAAACCCUGAAGCGAACGGUAAAAAGGUCGGGGAAACUUCAGAAAGGAAGUCUGCCAUUUUUGUUGAUUAUGGUGAUGAAACUAAGUUAUUUGCCCUAAAACUCCAUUAAAAUGCCGUCUCUCUUACUUGGGCUGAGCAGCUUGGCGACGGGGGAAGUGAGACAUUUACAACAUUGAGGGACUAGGCCUAUGCUGCAGAUUCUGAGGCGUUCUUCAAAUAUAACAUUUUUACUUGAUUUUAGUAAUGAAUAAACCUUUUUGUUGCUCGUUUGUAGAGAAACCUAUUUUUAAUCUGUAUUUAUAAUCAGAAUAAAUUUAUUGAGCAUUGACGAGUCAUUUAUGGGAAA